AUGGCGCCGGGGCGGCGAGGGGGUGGUCGUGACGGCAGCAGGAGGUGGUGCCGGAGUGGGGCCGCGCGGACGGGCGCCGGGCACGGAGCGCUAGACGCAGCCAGGGGGCGCGGCCACUCGCGGCGCACGGGCGCGGGCAUCUCCGGGCGAAGGGUUCGUGCGGCGUGGGGCUCCGGGCGGGCUACGACCGGUCAGGGCAGGGGAAGGGACCGCGCCUGGGCGAGAGGAGCGGGACAGCGCCAGCGCGCACUGGGCGCGGCGUGGACGGCGAUUGCGGGGCCGUCGGGCGGGGCCAUGGGCGUGGCGACGAGGCGAGCCUACGCGGGCGCGUCGCUGGCAGUAGCAGCACGGCAGGUGCGAGGCGCUGGUAGAGGGAAAGGGGAGGCCGUGGGCCUCACCAGCGAUGGAGGGAAGCGGGGGCGGCGUGGCUCGAGGAGGCCGGUCGGGGAUGAGGUCGAGGUGGACGUCCGACGGCGCUGGGUGAAGUAG